UUUGCAAUCGAUUAUCGUCGCCUGGGAGAGGAUGGAUUUCAAGUGAACUGAACUAGUUUCAAACUUUGCAUAGAUACAUCAAGAUUUCACACGAGACAAGAUGCCGGAGUUUGACGACACGUUCCUGUUUGAGUGUGCCAAAUUCGAGAAGAAAAAGUGGAAAUCCUACAACAUUAGCCUCCGGCCGAGUAGCAUAGUGCUGAAGAGUGUGAGCAGUUUCAGUCCUGGUGUGAAUGAAAAUAACAACAACAACAUCAACAAUAGCAGCAGCAGCAAAAAGUAUCUGCUGGAAAAUGACGGUGUAAUUGUGGGUGGCCUGAGACCAACCAGCGACCCAAAUGGGGAGCCGGUGGUGCUGAGAAAACGUGACCACUCCAAGCAACAACAGCAACAGCAGCACCGUAAUGGAGCCGUCAGUUAUCUGUAUUCUAGUGUGAGUCCGAUUCGUGAGAAGAUUCUCGGGUACAACUUCAAACGCCACUCGUACAGUCCAGGGUUGUUUGCGGCAGCAGCAGCUGCCUCUGGCGGCGACUUAACACCAGUGCCAUCUUUCGGAGAAUAUUGUGAUAACGGAACGAUUACCCAAAGUUCGAAUAACAUCUCGGCAUCGGCCGGAGCGACCCCACGGAACAGUGGCAGCAGUACCGCUAGCAGCAAUUGUGCCAACUCCGCCAACACGACGACUCCGGUGGCGUCCGCUGGCAAUAACGUGACUUCUCCGGCGACGCCUGCAGUCGAAAACGGUGGCGGCGAACGGUCGGCUUCCAUAACGCCCGGUGGCCCCGGGUCUUCCGGUCACAAGGGCAGCAUCCGCGGUAACAAACUGGCCCGGCGGGCACGUUCCUUCAAGGACGACUUCCUGGAGAAGAUCUCCCAGAUACGGACCCCGACCAGUACGAUGACGAGGUCACACUCGCCAAACAGUCCCAGGAGUGGAAGCAGCAAUCGGAGCAGUGGCAAAUCCGGACAUGGCGAUGACCUGCUGGGUAGUACCAAACCGGUACAGGAUCUGUCCUACCACGUGAGACAGGUGAAGAACGCCCUGACCCAUUUCAAGGAUGUAAUACUGAAGAACAAGCUGGAGAUGUUGCCCGGCAACGGGACCGUAGUGCUGGAGUUGAUUGCCAAUGUCCACACGGCCCUUCAAUCGUACACGCUGAACGAAAACAGCAGCGCCCUGAUCAAUGCCACCAACCAUGUCUACAUGUCCCUCGGGAACCUGCUGAAACUCUGUGAUGAAGUGCUUCUGACCGCCGAAAACGAGAACUGUCCCUCGCUGAGCAAGGAGAACGUCAAGGAGAUCGUCGAACUGGUCGACAAUGCCGUCAACAAUCUGGUCAACCUGGCCAACGAGAAAAUCUCCGACAAAGCUGCAGGCAGCACCCCCGGCAACAACUCUUCCAACACGCUGCAACGACCGGCCGUAGACAUCGCCAGCCAGCGAACGUCCCUGCCGGAUAUUCCGCUUACCCCGCGGGAGCGGGACAUUCUAGAACAAACCUCGAUGAAAACGGUCCGCGCUUCCCACAGUACCGAGAGCAUUCUCCGCGAUUCUAGUCCUCCCCCGAAACCACCCCUUCCGGACCGAGGUCAGGACCCACCUCCGUUACCCCCGAAACGAAAGAGCCAACACUCGAAGAACCACUCCUUCCACGAUACGUCCGAUUGCAAUUCGGAUUCCACCUUCCUGGGCUGUGGGGCACUGGACCGGAUGUCCCUGCGAUCACGCUCCCCGGAAGAUAACUCUAGUCUGCUGAGUGCCAGCGCUGGUUCGCUGGACUCGGCCUUGAAUCACUCCCGCGAGGAGGAAGAACUCCGAGCGCUCACACAGGACAAGUCAUCCAUACUGGCCGGUCAGAUCGGUGCAAAUAGUUCCACCGUAUGGGACGAAGCGGAUUGUUCCGGAAUGUUGCUGCAGAGCGGUGGCGGUCCGAUCCUGACCGACACCACCAUCCUGAACAACCGCAAUUCCAACGAAUCGGGCUUCGAAUCGAUGUACUCGCUUCGCAUCAGCCGGGAUCAUCAGACCAGCAGCAGUACUUCGUUCAAAUCGGCUGCCUUCGCUGCUAGCAGCAGUACCAAUGCUAGCUCUCAAAUUCUCCUUCACCAUCAACAGCAGCACCACCACCAUCACCAACAGCAACAGCAGCAACAUCAGAAAAUUGACACCUUCGUGACGCAAGCCAGUGGAGAUGGUGGGGACGUGGUGCUCAGUUCGACAACCACUACGGAGAUCUCCAGCAGUCGGGUACAAACGGCUAGUCUUUCCAAAACGAUACAGUACGGUAGCAUCGAAGCGAACGACGAGGUCUUUGGGGGCAGUGAAUCUGGAGUUGGAGGCAGUGGCGACAAACCGCCGGCCCUUCCGAUCAAAACCCGGCAGCACAGUAUUAGACGGGAGCGACACAAUUCGCAGUACGACAACGUGGAUGAUGCGGAAAUGGAAAAAAGCUCCCAGGACACGUUCAACUCCUGUUCGCUGCAUCAGACCGGCUUCCACCAUCACAGCCGGCAGCAGAUCAUUAACAACCUACCGAGUAAGCAUAUCAGCUUGAUCGAACCGCGCCAUAUGAAUCAUUUCAGCGAAGAGCCGCCACCCCUGCCGAUGAAAAAGAAGCACAUUAUGGCUUACAUGGAAAUCUUCGGCAGUGCAACGCAGAACCAGGAGUUUAUGCGACACUCGGUACAUACGUACAACCUGUCGCCUCACUCCGGCAGCGAAGGACAACAACAGCAUCUUCAGCUUCAUCAUCAUCAGCAGCAGCAACACCAUCAGUCAUCGUCGACGACGGUGUCGAUGACGAGUGGGACUAGCAGUCACAGUCUCAAUCACAGUCAGACGAUGAGUCUAUCGCCAUCGCGCAACACUGCGCCUCCAAUUUCGCCGCCAAGCUCUCCAGGCUUGAACGUGAAACCGCCGGCUCUGCCUCCGAAACGGCAGCGCAUCAACAGUAAAACACCGAGCAUCACCUCGACCCCGCCAGCUAGUCCCAAGGUUUUCGGCGGCUCCGAUCACCAGCAUCAGCCAUCAUCUCCAUCACCAUCGUCACAGUCCCAGCAUCACAACAGCUGCUCAUCGCCCUCGCCAUCGUCGACAUCCGUCGGUACUCUACUACCGACACCUCCGCCAAAGAACCAAUCCCUGCUGAUAUCCAACAACGAUCUGCAUCAGCCACCAUCGUCACCGGCAGCCGUAACCAAAAUCAAGGUACCGUCUGUGUCCGGAGACGAUCCGCACCAGCCAUCGUCUAAUCGUAGUACUACUCCUACCACCACCCCUCUUACUACUUCUACCACCCACAACGCUUCCUCCAACUCUCAGCAACAGUAUAACAGUUUCCAUAACAGCUGCAGUAGCCAUAACAGCCAUAACAAGUUAGCUAGCAAUAACAUCCACAACGCGAACAACGUUGGCGGCGGCGGAGGUAAGCCGUCUUCGUCCGAGGACGAUUAUCUGCUCCUGUGCGACACAACAACGACGGCACACCAGCAUCCGCGGUCCCCAUCAGAUGCCGGUGGCGUAGCGACGAAUCUCAAUAGUUCUAGUAACAGUAGUAAUCUAGUCAACAGCAGCAAUAACAGUACCACCACGGGCGCCCGUCCCAGGAACAAGGAGGACAACGUCAACCACGACGACCGGGACGAUGACGACGGCGAGGUUGAGGUGGUACUGCGGCGCAAUAACAAGAACGGCAUCACGCUGAUCGAACAGCAACAGUCGAUCAAUCUGAUGGAAGAACUGGACAUCAGCAACUAUCUGGUCUUCAAGAAGGAGAACGAAGACGGCCCGGACGUGAAGGGUGGCCAUCCGGAUGCCCUAAUCAUCCACGCCACCAAGGUGCAGAAGAUUUCCGACGUCACUGAUGAGUUUUUAGAGGACGGUAAGCGCCCGAAACCCGCCUACGGAGAAGCCUUCAUCACGACGUUCCGAACGUUCAUUUCGCCGCUGGAGCUGAUCCAGAAGCUGACGUACCGUUACUCGUUGUUUCACUGUCAGAUGGUCGACGGCAAGCAGAAAGCGGCCAAGGAGUCCUUCUCGCUGCUGGUGCGAGUGGUCAACGAUCUAACCUGCCCGGAUCUGUCGCGUCGGUUGCUGGAGAUCCUGAUGAACUUUGUCUACCAACUAGUCUGCGCCGGCCACCUGACGAUGGCCAAGCUGCUCCGGGUGAAGCUGAUCGAAAAGGUAUCGCUGUACAAGCAGAAACAACCGAAGGAACCCAGUCUGAUGGCGCCGUCCUCCCGAUCGGUCAUGACCUCGCCACCGUCGCUGCUGGACCUCAAGUCAGCCGAAAUAGCCGAACAGAUGACCCUACUGGAUGCGGAACUGUUCCAAAAGAUCGAAAUACCCGAGGUACUCAUCUGGGCCCAGGAACAGAACGAGGAGCGGUCCCCGAAUCUGACCACGUUUACCGAGCAUUUCAACAAGAUGUCCUACUGGGCACGAUCGCAAAUUCUCAAACAGGAAGAUGCCAAAGAUAGGGAAAAGCACGUGAUCAAGUUCAUCAAGAUAAUGAAGCAUCUGCGGAAGAUCAACAACUACAACUCGUAUCUGGCGUUGCUGUCGGCGCUGGAUUCGGCACCGAUCAGGCGAUUGGAGUGGCACAGGACGAUCACCGAGGGUUUGAAGGAGUACUGCGCCCUGAUCGAUUCGAGUUCCAGUUUUCGGGCCUAUCGUCAGGCUCUGGGUGAAACCAACCCGCCCUGUAUACCGUACAUUGGUCUCGUGCUGCAAGAUCUAACCUUCGUACACAUCGGGAAUCCGGAUUCGCUUCAGAAUGGAUCAAUCAACUUUUCGAAACGUUGGCAACAGUACCACAUAGUGGUCAACAUGAAGCGCUUCAAGAAGGGAUCGUACCAAUUCAAGAAGAACGAGAAAAUCAUCGGAUUCUUCGACAACUUUGAGAACUACUUUGACGAGGACGCCAUGUGGCAGAUAUCGGAGAGCAUCAAGCCACGUGGCGGGCGCAAGGCCAACGUCAACAGCAAUUAGUACAAGCUGAACUGUCUGAAAGGCAGCGACGAACACGAACAGGUGAUGAUGGCUGAGCAGCAGCAGCAACAGUCGGAGCUCCAACUACGGAAGGACACUGCUGCGCAGCUCAGCCGGAACUAAACAGAGAAACACUAACAGAGGUAAUCAAAAAACACACACACACAUUAAUGCCAAAUAUGCUCUUUUCUCUUAACGUAAGCUGCAGUAGCAGGACGACCUGCCUGCCCUCGAAUGCACAUUACGUGAGAAAUUGUGUUGAAUUUGCUGUAUACUUUCGGUGGCAAAUGAAAAGUAUUUUCUGUUCCCGUAACAGAAGUGUUAUUUUAGCUUUUUAUAACCCAAAUUUUUAGUACAUUCUUAGAUGAGAUUAAAUUGUCCCUGAACGUAUUUCUUUUUCCUGUACUGGAGGGAAGCAAAACGAGUGAAACUGUGGAUAGAGGACAUGUUUUAUUUAUAUCGUACCAUUAUGCCCACAAACACACACACGCAAGUAUAAUAUGAGGCAUUUUCUUAGGUAAUAUAAAAUUGUGUAAAUAACGGAAAGCAAGCGUGUGUUGUUAUGUGGUAGUAGUGAGACAAAAAUUCAAGCAAAAAUAUCAAACAAUAGUACUCUAGAAAACGAAAACAUAGAACUAGUGAUACACAACCGACAUCAACAAAUACACAUACACAUACACAAAACAACCAAAACAAGAAUCUAAAUAAAUUUCUUUUUUCGAAACGUAGCACCUGGUAGUGUUUCAGCUUCUGUUGGUUUUGUUUUCUUUCGAAAAUUGCCCAUAUCCUUCGUCUUCCAUCGCUUAAUCUUCAUCUUUUAAGUGUUCAUUUUUGAUCCGUUUCUAUUAUGCGUGCUUCUAUUGAUUCGUUUGAUUAUCCUCUCUGCCUUUCAACACACGCACACACCGACUACAACACUUGAAACAUGUAGGAAAUCGUAAUCAACCAACCAAUGUAGCGAAGAAGAAUGCCGUCUUAGUGCAAUGAAUAAUAUAUGCGAAACAACGAAUCAAAUCAACAUUAACAUUAACAUGAAAUCAAGAAGUAGGUACUACAACAACCCAGUGCCGGAACAUUCCUAGUAAACUGCUAGCAAUUGCUGAUGGCGAUCAGCUCUCUUUCCCUAUAGCAUCCUGUCUGCG